CUCUGCUGUGUAGCUCCUUGCUCUGGCCUUACCCAGCAUUACCCACUCAAAAAACACACCGCUGCUGUGGAUUCUACUGGGAAAUCUAGAUCUACACACGGACAUGGAUUCAUCCCCGCCGUAAACGAGUGGAUUAUAAACACACAGGAUUCAGAGAAUAAAGAUGCCUGAGGCUGGAAGUUAGAGCCCUCCACCAGAGAGUGUGUUCCAGGGCUGGGGCUGGACCCAGAGACCCCUGCCUAGGGGGUGAAGGGCCCUCACAGCCCUGUGUGAGUCUGGACUAUGGGGGAUGGAGGUGCCGGUGCAACUGGAGGAGAUGGGGUGAAUAAGGCCCAUGUCCUGUUCGACAACUUCGUCCAGGGGACCACAUGCAAGGGGACGCUCAAGGCCUUCCAGGAGCUGUGCGACUACCUGGAAGUCAAGCCCGGCGAGUACAGGAUCUUCUAUCACAAGCUCAAGUCCAAACUCAACUACUGGAAGGCCAAGGCACUCUGGGCAAAGUUAGACAAGAGGGCCUGCCAGAAGGAGUACAAGAAGGGCCGUGUCUGUGCCAACUCAAAGUGUCUCAUCAUUGGUGCGGGACCAUGCGGCUUACGUACGGCCAUCGAGCUGGCUUUCCUAGGGGCCAGAGUGGUGCUGCUGGAGAAGAGAGAUGCCUUCUCCAGGAACAAUGUGCUGCACCUCUGGCCCUUCACCAUCCAGGACCUCAGGGGCCUCGGGGCCAAGAAGUUCUAUGGAAAGUUCUGUGCUGGUGCUAUUGAUCAUAUCAGUAUUCGUCAGCUUCAAUUGAUGCUGCUCAAAGUGGCUCUCCUGCUGGGCAUUGAGAUCCAUGUCAACGUAGAGUUCAAGGGUCUUAUUGAGCCCCCUGAAGAUCAAGAGACUGAAAGGAUAGGCUGGAGGGCUGAGGUCCACCCCAGGACGCACCCUGUCAACGAGCUGGAGUUUGAUGUCAUCAUUGGAGCAGAUGGAAGGAGAAACACGCUACCAGGGUUUCGGCGUAAGGAGUUCAGGGGCAAGCUUGCCAUUGCCAUCACUGCAAACUUCAUUAACAGGAACACGACAGCAGAGGCAAAGGUUGAGGAGAUCAGCGGCGUGGCCUUCAUCUUCAACCAGAAGUUCUUUCAAGACCUCAGAGAAGCAACAGGUAUUGACCUGGAAAACAUUGUCUACUACAAGGAUGACACGCACUACUUUGUGAUGACUGCCAAAAAACAGAGCCUGCUGGAGAAAGGAGUCAUUCUGAAUGACUAUGCAGACACAGAGAUGCUGCUGUCCAGGGCUAAUGUGGACCAGGCUGCCCUGCUGUCUUAUGCCCGCGAGGCUGCCGAUUUCUCCACAAACCACCAGCUGCCCACGCUGGACUUUGCCAUCAACCACUACGGCCAGCCAGACGUAGCCAUGUUCGACUUCACCUGCAUGUAUGCCUCAGAGAACGCAGCCAUGGUGCGCCAACGCAACGGCCACAAGCUCCUGGUGGCGCUCGUGGGCGACAGCCUGUUGGAGCCCUUCUGGCCCAUGGGCACCGGCAUCGCCCGAGGUUUCCUGGCAGCAAUGGACUCAGGCUGGAUGGUGAGGAGCUGGGCUCAGGGAAAAACUCCUCUUGAGGUUCUGGCUGAGAGGGAGAGUAUAUACCGUCUCCUGCCUCAAACCACACCAGAGAACGUCAGUAAGAACUUCAGUCAGUACAGCGUGGAUCCAACCACACGUUACCCCAACAUUAGCCUUAACUUCCUCAAGCCCAGCCAGGUGAGGCACCUCUGCGACACAGGGGAAACCAGGGAAAUGCGCAUUGAAAUCGAAAAUGUGAUCAACUCGUCGACACCCAAGUUGGGCAGGAAUGACAAUUGCCUGCUUGACAAGCAGUUGCAAGAAUCCAUAGCUCGAUCCAGUAAGCUGCUGAACUGGUGCCAGAGACAAACGGAGGGAUACAGGAAUGUCAACGUAACGGACCUUACAAUGUCCUGGAAGAGCGGUCUGGCCUUGUGCGCCCUCAUUGACCGCUACAGGCCGGACCUGAUUGACUUUGAUUCCCUGGAUGAACGAGACCACGAGAAGAACAACCAGUUGGGCUUCGACGUGGCGGAGAGGGAAUUUGGCAUCUCGCCCUGCAUGACUGGCAAGGAGAUGUCUUCUGUGGUAGAGCCAGACAAGCUCUCUAUGGUCAUGUACCUCAGCCAGUUCUAUGAGAUGUUUAAGGACACAGUGCCACCUGGAGACAACCACAACUUGAGUCCUGAGGAGAAGGCAGCGCUGAUAUCCAGCACCAAAUCUCCUAUAUCCUUCCUCAGCAAACUUGGUCAGAGCAUAGCAAUAUCCAGGAAACGAAAUCCGAAGGACAAAAAAGAGAAGGACGUAGACGGUUUGGGGAAGAGAAGGAAAACCAGCCAGUCUGAAGAUGAGGAGGUAUCCAGGAUCGGCCGUGACGACAGGCCGUCUGUCCCAGCCAUCCUGUCGGAGAGAAAAAUGGACUCCAGCGCUGCAGGGAACCACAACAAAGUCAAAGUCAUGGCCACCCAGCUGCUCGCCAAGUUCGAGGAGAACGCUCCGCAGCCUACGGGACUUAAACGACAGGGGGACUCUCUGCCCAAUCUGGACCAACUUUUGCCCCUUAGCCUGCCCCAGACCCCUGUGAAUGAGCCAGUGCAGCUGGCACCUGUCCCAGCAUGGAGAAAGGCCAGAAGCGUUGCAGACCAACUGUCCACCUCGGGCUCUCGGAGCUGCCCAAAGAAAACCAUUCUGCUCCCUUCUUCCUCCUCCACUUCCUCGCUCUCUCUUCACUCAGAGCAUUUGCGUAGAAGUCCAGAGGAAGAGGAGCUCGAAUACUACGAGAUGCCUCUGACAUACGGGGCAUUUCUUUCUGUAAGCUACACCCAAAAUCAUCAUCAGGUCUCGAUAGAGCUUCCUUCGCAGGAGUCGCGCAUGACAGACCCAAGACCCAUUCACAUACCUGGUAUACAGGAGAGGGCUGAACGCCUAAUCUCCAGAUUUAAAGGCAAACCUGACAGGCCACCAAAGCCUAAGAAAAAGCCAUCCCGUUUCUUUUUAGAGCAGUGGCACUUGGCUCGCGGUCUGACUGAAGGUCCUGGUUCACCACUGUCCUCCCCUGACUCCUCCAGAAAGGAGCCAGCAGGGCGUCUGCAGUCUGAUGAUGAAAUGCCCAUAUUUGUGCUUAGCAUUCAGGAGAGGGCUGAGCAGCUUGCCUCUCAGUUUGAGGGCAAGCCUCCUAAACCAGAGAACCUCCCUAAGAAACCCUCACGUUUUUUUAUGGAACAAUGGCACCUGGCCCGAGCCCAAUCUCCCCCUGGUUCUCCCCCCUCCACCUCUGACACCUUGAGACAGCGCUAUGUAAGGAUGUACACAGGCGGAGUUAGCUCAUUGGCUGAGCAGCUAGCCAAUCAGCUUCAGGAAGAACCUAAGCCCCUACCUGAAAAGAGGGAUUCGGGCUCUCUCCGAAAAGAGUUCCCCGUCAACAUUGGUGGCAGUGAUGUGUGCUUCUUCUGCCGAAAGCGCGUGUACGUGAUGGAGAGGCUGAGUGCAGAGGGGAAGUUUUUCCAUCGCAGCUGCUUCAAGUGUGACUACUGUGGCACAACGCUACGACUGUCCUCCUACGCCUUUGACGUGGAGGAUGGGAAAUUUUACUGCAAGCCCCACUACUGUUACCGUCUGUCUGGCUAUGCUCAGAGAAAGAGGCCUGCUCCCUCCCCCACUCCAAUCACUGCUAAGGAGAACCAGGCGCCCCAAACUCCUACAGCGACCGUGGAUGCACCGGGAAGGGCCAUGGCAGCGGCAGCCCCCUCGGCCGAGCUCCAGCCCUCAGUGCCAGAGGUCAACGGCCUGCAGGAGCCCAGCCUAGCUAAACGUCUGCGGGGAACUCCAGAGCGCAUCGAGUUGGAGAACUACCGUCUGUCCAUGCAGAGGGAGGAAGAGCUGGAGGAGGUACCUGAGGAGACUCUGGCAGAGCACAACCUCAGCAGCGUGCUCGACAAGGCUACGGACGCUGACCUGGGCUCCAGUAGCUCAGAGUCAGACAUGGAGGAGGAGGAUGAGCAGGAGGAUCAGGAUCAGGAUCAGGAGGAGGUGGAACAACAACCUCAUAGUCCCUCAGACCUCGGCGGGGUUCCCUGGAAGGAGGCGGUGGAGCUCCACGCCAAACUGCGGGGCGAGGAGGGGGAGGAGGGUGAGGCUCUGGCAGACUCAGUCAGCAGAGACGGGGAGAUAGAUGAAGACGAGGAGGAGGAGGAGGAAGAGGAGGAAGAUGAGGAUGAAGACGAUGAGGAGUCGAGUGAUGAGGGGGAUUACUGUCCCUGGGAUAGAGAGCUCCAGUCAGGCCUUUGGCUGGAGAAGCACCUCACAGAUGAAGAGGAUGUUGGUACAUUUAAAGCCAGGAACCUGCAGAUCCAACAAGUCCUGCAGCCUGUGGAUCCCCAGACCAUUCCAGGUUUGGUGAGAACACACCUGGACUCUGAGGGAGACAAGGAGGGCCAGCCAGCCUCGGCCUCCCAACUCUCCCAACCCUCUGAGCUCACGCAGCCCUCCUCCACAGCCCCUGCCCACACAUCCGCCCGACACGAGGCAGUGAGAGUCUGGUUGGAGUCCAUGUCCGGAGAGCUCUGUGAAGAUGAAGAUCUGGAAGCAGAAGCAGACAGUCCUGAUGUGGAGCCUGGUACAGAGAUGGAUCAGGACGACAUCCCUUCAGAUGCAGAAGCCGAGGCUCGGUUGCAUCAGCCGCAGCAUGCUGAAGUGCUUCCUGAGGAAGAAAAGGAAUCAGAAAGUCUGAGGAUGACCCCCAGUAUUGAGCCAUCCAGCACCAGCCCCGUGCAGAAAGAAGAUGUCGUUCUUUCCCCACUCAAACCCUCUCCUGAAGAGCCGGAAUCACAGAUAAAUCUGGCGAGGUCUCCGGGUGCCCGCUUUUUCUCAGAACCAUUCAUACCUGAGGAAAUAAAGCCACAGAGGUCAACUCCAUCUCCCUCUCCAGCCACCAAGAGCCCACUGUCCCCUUCACCUGCUCCAGUCCAGGAACCUUCCUCUGUCCCUUCUCCGACACUUGCUGUUGCUGCUGCUGCUUCCCCUGUCAAUGUCCCUGCCUCAUCUCCCCUAACCUCAUUCACCAAAUCACCCAUCAGCUCUCCAGUUGAGCCAGCUGUCGAGCCACCUGUCAGAACCCCUGUCAAGGCACCUGUUAGCUCCCCAAUCCGCUCUCAGCCCACUCCACUGCCAGAGACUCGGACGCCAAUAUCUCCUGUCUACCCUCAUCGUUCUAUUUGCCCUCUCACGGGCAACCCCCUCUCCCCUAUCUGUGCUCAGCCUUUGCCCUGCCAGGAACCCUCAUCACCCCUCACCUCUGACUCUCCCGUCAGAACUCAGCCUGUCCCCGCAGUCACUUCAACGCCCAUGACCAAAACAGACAAAGGCACGCCUGAGCCCUCAAUGUCCAUAGAUUCUUCAACGGAGGAAGAAUCAUCUAAAAAGACAGAUAUCAUUGAGGAAUUUUGGUUAAAGAGUGCUGAGAUCAGAAAGAGCCUUGGUUUGACUCCUUUGGACCGCAGUAGUAAAAUCAUAGAGAAGAGUGUUGUCACAGCUCCAGUGCAGGACUCCACCCCCAUCAAGACACAGACUCCAGAUGUACCGGAGGAACAGAAGCCUGCCUUCACUGGCCGCGCUGUCAUUCGCAGACUCAACAUCACCCUUGAGGGUCAGGUCAUCACACCCAUUGCUCCUGCAGAGCCCAAGAGUAAUGGCUCUGACAAGAGGGACCUCAGCAGCAGCUCUGGCCUGGGGUUAAACGGGAGCAUGGUCACGAGCCAGACGGCGAACAGUGACAGCUACAACACGUCUGACUCUACUAUGCUCACCCCGCCCUCCAGCCCACCACCACCCGUGCCUGCUAAUCAGUCUCCAGCCGUGCUCAGGCAGCAGAGACACCAGGUGUCCUGGAGCAACGGGACGGAAAAACCUCCACCUGAGCAUGCCAAACAGCCAGAGAAAACCAAGAGUCCCGUUCCUGCGCCGAGGACCCAGCCGAGCCCUGUGUCUGCACCCAAACCUGCACCCAGGAAAAUUUCACCUCAGGCAGAACCAGAAACAGCUCCAGUGGUUGUCAUGAGGGAGAAGAAGCCACGACCGCAGGAGGUGAGGAAGUCGUUUGUGGAGACAGUGGAAGAGAUUCCGUUUGCAGAUGACGUGGAGGAGUCUUAUGAUGAGCGGACACCAGACGCGAGCAUGAACAGGUUCUAUACUCCACCCACCAGCAAGCCAAGCAAGGAGAGACCACCCCUGCAUCUGGCUCUGGCAAUGGAAAACGGUAAACCCAAUAUCCCUGUCAGCCAAGCCCUUAAGACCCAGAGGGCAACUCAGUUCUCCCCAGAGGCCAAGGAGAUCGCUGAGGAGAGAAUGAAGGCCAGAGAAAAGUCUGUAAAGAGCCAGGCUCUGAAAGAUGCCAUGGCCAAACAGCUAAACAAAAUGAAAGAAUCUGACAUAGACAAGGGUGCCUCACCUAAAGUGGCCUGGAGCGUCGCCCCAGAUGCUGCCGGAAAAAGUAAAAAGUCAGCCGUCUCUCCGAAGACAUCAGCUGUGAAGGCUCUGGAGUCAAAGAAGGCGGAGACAAUACCAGAGCGUUUCUUCAGCAGCAACAAAAGUCUGGACAGCUCAGUGGCUUCAUCGGAUGGCUCCUCGUCCAGCAAAAGCAAGAAACGAAGUUCCCUCUUCUCGCCGCGGAAGAAUAAGAAGGAGAAGAAAGCCAAGAAUGACAGCAGCAGGCUCUCCGGCACAGAAGAGACACCGCCCAAACACAAGUCGCUGUGGAAGGCCGUCUUCUCAGGGUACAAGAAGGACAAAAAGAAGAAGGACGAUAAAUCAUGUCCAAGCACGCCAUCCUCGAGCUCCACCACUCAGGACUCUGGGAAGAAGAGAACGUCACCUCUUGGGAGAUCAUCAGACUUGAAAUCCCGCAGAAACUUGAGCUUCUCCGAGGACUCCGACCUGUCCUGCGAUGAUGUUCUGGAGAGAUCCUCCCAGAAGUCAAAGGCAGAUCAGCACAUGGACAUCUUUGACCUAGUAUCAGGCAUGCAGAAGGAAGCGAUUAAGGAGGAGAAACUGGAGAAGGAGAGAAGGAGAGAGUUAAAGGAGAGAAAGAGAGUGAAAGAAAGGCAUAAAGAAAGGGAGCGGGAGAAAGAGGUUGAUCGAGAAAAGAAGAAAGACGAUGAGGAGUCUGUUUAUGUCCCCCACGCACUGGCGUUCAAGAGAUCGUACGCCACAAAGAAAACCUACACAGAGGAGGAGCUGAAUGCCAAGCUGACACGGAGGGUCCAGAAAGCAGCACGACGACAAGCCAAGCAGGAGGAACUCAAGAGACUGCACAGAGCUCAGAUCAUCCAGAGACAGUUGGAGCAGGUGGAGGAAAAGCAGAGGCAGCUGGAGGAAAGGGGCGUAGCUGUGGAGAAAGCUUUGAGAGGAGAAGCAGGAUUGUAUAAAGGUACUUAUACAUUACCCAAACAGCACAAAAGAAGAUCAGACUAUUGGGGAGAUUCUAAUUACAGUGAAAUCCUGGACUUGCAUCUGGGCGUUGAGCCCUUUGUGGGGAUGCCACGCCGAAGACCUCUCUCCUUCUGCCCCUGCUGUUCCCCUGAAGGCAUGGGCAAGAAAGACGAUCCCAAGCUAAUGCAAGAGUGGUUCAAGCUGGUGCAGGAGAAAAAUGCCCUGGUCCGCUAUGAGUCAGAGCUCAUGAUAUUUGCCAGAGAGUUGGAGCUGGAGGACCGACAGAGCCGACUGCAGCAGGAACUCAGGGAGCGAAUGGCUGUUGAAGACCACCUCAAGACGGAAAAGGAGCUCGCUCAAGAGAAGCAGAUCCUGAAUGAGAUGUUGGAGGUGGUGGAGCAGCGUGACGCCCUGGUGGCCCUCCUGGAGGAGCAGAGGCUUCGGGAGAAGGAGGAGGACAAGGACCUGGAGGCCGUUAUGCUCUCCAAAGGCUUCAACCUCAACUGGGCUUAACAGGAGCCAAACAAUUGCGAGUUGACUUUUGAUAGGUCAUCUUUGAUCAGAAUAGUCUGCUGAACACCCGCAGCAGUGAAUGUGUAAAGAUUCCCCCCACACACACACAAACACUACGACUGCCUCUGACAUUGAAGCGGUCCGCAACGUUUACAUAUCCUCUGCCCAAAGGCAGUCCCAGUUCAUCACUUUGCAGUUCUGCUUGCUCCGGCUCUCUGAGGGCGGAGAGGCAAGUACAUUUACAGCUUUAUCAUCCCAGCCUUGAAGUGGAUCCUCUCAAACAUAGGGGGGGACCUUUGGGAGAAUGUUUAAAGACUUGUUUUAUUCACGAUUAUCUAAAGGGAAGAAUGCAGUUCGGUCCUGCUGAUGUAAAGGAAUUGUAAAGAAUCGUGUUUUUGUGUAUAGCUGUGUAGAACAAGUCACAUUUUUCGGCGGAUAAGGGCCCUCUCUUUUCCAAAAAGGACUGCUACAGAGGUGCGUUCAAAUGCUGAAUUGACGCCUCCAGCCUCAAUCUCAGAUUCUCCUCUUCAGUCUGACUGCAGGACGGACAUCCUCUGCUGAAGCUGCCUUUCUACCCAGUGACAAACUGACUUCCUUAGGAACCAUAAAGACACCAUAAAAGGCUCUUUUCUCUCUCCCCUCACAGAGUGUUUUAGUGAUUCAACACUAAGGAUCCAUUAAAUAUGGCCAUGUUUUUUUCUUUUAUGUAUUUAUUAUCUUUGUUUGCUUUUAACAGAUAAACAUUUUUUGUUAUGCAUUCACAGGAGAGUGCCCAGAAUCUCAUUAUCUUGCACUUGUGCAUGACUCAGAUGCACCCAUAAGCCAUUGCAUGUCAGGAAUGAAGGCUGCAGGCACAUAGAAGAACUUUACCUUGUCCUUGAUAGCUGGGACAUAGAAUACAGAGUUAUGCUAUACUGUAUAUGGAUAUUGAAGCAUUUCACAUGACUGGAUAAUGAUGGGCCUCUCCUUGACAUGCCAUUCACUGUAUAUCACACUGACAGUUCACGUUUACAAAUCCUGUCCAUAUUCGAGAUCGGAUGUUCAUGUUUCCUACUAUGGUAGUCAGUAGUGAGUUAAACCAACUGUUGAAAGGAUUCAUCUUUGAAGGAACUGUGUCUUUAAAUUCAGAUAAGUUUCCUACCGUGUGUGUCAACAUCGAGACGUUAUCGUUAAUGAAGCCGUUGUUUCACUGUUGUCGUUAGGAGAUUAGCGUAGCUCACUCAUUUUGUGCCACAGGACUGUCUCUGUUGGUGGAUAUGCUGCAGUGUCGGAGGAGUACACCGCGAGGACUUACACACUACACACCGCUCACAUCAGUAUAUGGCAGUGUUAUCACUUUACCCUUGAACAAGAUGCCUUUUUCAUUUUCAUUCUCUAUUAAGUUAUAUUUUAUUUUCCUGAGCUGACUUGUUUUUGAGGUAGUCACAUAUGUGUAUCCCACUGGAUCUCAAGAUUUUUACUUUUCUUUUUCAAACACUUUUCUACAGCAGGUCCCCAAACAACCACGCAGAUGAUUUUAAAUGGGGCGCUGAAGACAUGCAAAGUGCUUUACGAGCAACUUGCAUCAAACGGGAACGUCGCGGUUUAUCUGGUGGGCAGUCAAAUCGAAUAGCCUUUUUGACGACUGUAAAAAAAAAUCCAGGUGGUCACUGUUUUACAGCACAGAAACACUAGAGGCUAUAUUUAUGACAUGGUAUGAGCUGUGAAUAAAAUGAAAAAAGUGACAUAAUUUUAAAGGUUGUUGUUUUAGGUGGCGUGUGAUAAGUUUGACAUGAUUGUAUUGAUAUUUAUUAACAUGUGUGCAAAACUGUAUUAUAUGUAAAGAAAAUGAAUCCUAAUUUUUAAACUGUUCCGUUGACACAUGACUUGUAAUGUAAAUGCUUCAUGUAGCUAAAAUGCAUAGGGGUGUUGGAUGUAUGCUGAAAACGGCAAUAAAACAAUGCAGU